UUGAUUAAUUUGAUAAAGAUACAAAGGCUUUUCAGUUCUAUAGGAUUAAGCUUAUCAGAUUUAAAGGGAAAUGACAAUAUCAAUCCUGAUUAGGACUGGGAACCAUGCUGAACAAACGAGAUCCAAAGUCUGAGCGAUUAUGCCGCCAGCGGUGUACUUUUACCGACAGUUUGCAGACAGUCAAUUUUGCAUACUGCUUCAUCAUCAGUGCUUUGCGUGCCUCUCCCUGUUCCCAGCCUCGCAUUUACUUAGCUCUCUGCUCUUCUGUAGUAACCCGAACGUUUUGUCACAGCAAAUAUCCUGAGGACUUACCUUCGGAAACUGCACUGAAAGUGCUCUUUGGACGGGACUACCAAAACUGCUGUACUUGGUCUGCGAUAAAAAAGACUAUGGAUUAACCCAUUCGUUUCUUGUGUCCGUUUCAACAAUUGUUAAGGACCAAGGACUGCACGUCGCAAGCCAGAAGAGCGACUAGGCUACCCUUUGCGUUAUGUUAACUGGCUCAAAUAACUGUAAAUAAUAAACAUACUGUUUUAAGCGACAGUACAAUCAGUCAGAAGUUUUGAAACAUAGGAUAGGCUACCAAGUAAGGAAACAUUAAAACGAUCUAACGUUAACCUACGCAGUCUAUAUCAUGAUUCUGGGUCGGUUCCUCUUAUGAGCGGGUAAUUAGUUUCCGUACAUAGCUUUGUGUUUUGUGCGCGUAUUUUUCCGCUAGUUUGCAAGGGGGAUGGCGACAAUUCGCGAGGACUUCAUCUGCCUCCGGAACGAUGUCAAUGUUUAGAUCGACAGCAUGCUUGUUUCCCCGAAUACGACUUGUCAUACGGCAACUGUCAGUGGUUUCUAUAUCUUUACUACAAGGGGGGGAAGACAAGGCAUUGCUAUUUAGGUAUUAAUUAUUCCUCCGACAUACGCCUUGUCCCAGUAAACCAGCUAUCAACAUGACUUCGGUCUGGAAGAGACUUCAACGGGUCGGCAAAAAAGCCACGAAAUUUCAGUUUGUGGCUUCCUACCAAGAAUUGAUAGUCGAGUGCACGAAGAAGUGGCAGCCAGACAAACUGAGAGUGGUGUGGACCAGGAGGAAUAGACGAAUCUGCUCCAAGCUUCACGGAUGGCAGCCUGGGAUCAAGAACCCAUACCGGGGGAUGGUGGUGUGGCCGGUACCGGAAAACGUGGACAUCACUGUCACACUAUUCAAGGAUCCCCAUUCUGAUGUGUAUGAAGACAAGGAGUGGACCUUCGUCAUUGAGAACGAGACGAAGGGCCACCGCAAGGUGCUUGCGUCAGUGGACGUGAACAUGAAGAAGUUUGCCAGCGCCACGCCCACUCAGACGGACCUGACGCUGAAGCUGAAGCCGCUGUCGGUGAAGGUGGUGGAGGCCACACUGAAGCUGUCCCUCUCCUGUGUCUUCCUCAGGGAGGGGAAGGCCACUGAUGAGGACAUGCAGAGCUUGGCCAGUCUGAUGAGUGUGAAGCCCACUGACAUUGGAAACCUGGACGACUUCAAUGAGAGUGAUGAUGAGGAAGACAAGAGAGCUAGCAGUGGAGCCAGCAUGGCUGCUGCAGCCCCUCUGGCUCCAAUGCGGCGGGUGCGUGACGAGGAGUGUAAACCUCCGGUAGUGCCCUCCCACCCAAAGAAAGUUCCCUCAUCCACUGUCAGUGUGAAAGAGAAGUGUGGUUCUGCUGGCCCACCCUCCAAAGUGCCUAAGUUCUUCCGAAAGUCACACCCCUCACAGCCAGCCCCCUCUGCACCUCCUGCCCCCCCUGCACCCCUGCCCCCGCCUACCCCCUCUGCACCCCUGCCCCCGCCUACCCCCCCUGCCCACUCUGCCCCCUCUGCCCACCUGGCCCCCCCUGCCCCAUCUUCCCCAGUGGCCCCCCCUGCUCCUCCUGACCCCCCUGCCUUGCCAGAUGCUCCCCCCCAACACGCCCUCACGGGCCCCUCUGCCCCGCAGCAGGUUCACCCACCCCCUUAUGCACCCACGGUGGCCACCCUAACCCGGGCACACCCACCGGCUCUGCCCAAAAUCUUCCAGCCCACUGCUGGCUCAGUGCCCUUGUCUCUGGGGCGGAGGCUCUCUGGGGAGCAGAGUGGCCCCUGGCCAGGCUCUGGGCCCCCAGCCGGCUCUGCGGCCUCUGUGUUCCCCCAGCCCAGGCCGGACAUGUCUGCUCUCUCCCGGCCCGAGCCUGCCUCUGCCUUCCUCCCUGCCCCGCCCCCCAGCCCGCAGACAGCAUCCCUAGCUGCCGCCAGUGUCUGGGGUCCUCAGACUGCCCCAACUGUUACCGCUAUGCCCUCCUCUCCCACGGGUGCGACACUCCCGCCAAAAACUGCGUCAGCCACCCUCCCAAAAUCCACCUUCGCCCCUACCCUGUCAGCGGACCCCUACUCUGCCCCUCAGACAGCCUCUGUCCCUGCUCCCUGGAGGAGUGAGUGGCGGACGCCCCGGGUCCAGACGCCCCUCUCCUCUGGUCUCUCCCCCUCCUAUUUCACCUCCUCUCCAGCUGAGCCCGUGGUCCCCGUCCCCCUCCAGACCAGACCAGACCUGGAGGCCCUGUGUGAUCCGGUCUCUUCUCCUUACCCUCCCCUCUUUCUGACCCCUCCCCUUUCUCUUUCUCCCACCCCUUCUCUGUCCCCUCCCCCUCCCCUGUCUCCGCCCCCUUCUAUAUCACCACCUCUUGCUUUAACUCCUCCCCCUGCCCCCUCUCCCUUCUCUGACCCACCUCUUCCUGAACCAGCUCUGUCUGUUGCUUCUGAGUCAGAAUCUUCCUCUGAACCCCCUCUGUCUGAGUCUAAGCCCCAGGGUGUGACUUUCGAGGUUUCCCCACCCUCUGCUGCCAUUUCCUUGCCUUCUGAGUCAUCGUCCUAUGCUCCCCCCCUGCCCAAACCCUCCUCAGCAGCCCUUUCUCAAGCCUCCUCCGCCCCCGCCCUAUUGGGCAGCCAAGCCUCCUUCCACCCAGAACCUCAUAGAGACUCAAACCUCCGGACAGAAUUGGAUUUCCCUGGUUCUGCAGUUCAGAGUGUGAAGCACCCCCCUGUGCAGUCCACGACCACGCCCAAAACCCUGGCCUUUGGCCGUCAGGAUGAGGCCCAGCACUCCCACCGCACCGCCGGCGGCAUCAGCAUCGCCAACCAGCUCCCACCCCCCACCACAGAGAGGCCGCUAUUGAUCAAGCCCAUCCCCACAUUUGCCCCAGGAACCAAUCAGAGGACAGAAAGGCCAGGGACAGGACAAGGAUUAGAGCCUCUGAAGACUGCCAUUGGCCCUCAAAGUACAGCUGCCCUGCCAUCAUUUCCAAGGGCCAGUGUCCUUGGUUCUCCACCCACAGAGCCAACUGAUUCAGAGGAGUUAGAGGUGGAGGAGAAACUGAUGGAGGCCGUUCCCCCUCCCUGGCCAUUCUCUUCUCCUGUGCUCCCCGAAGCGAUGCGUAGCCCAACACAAGAGCCCCCAGCCAGGACCACCCAUCCAUUUGGUACCGAAAAUCUGCCUUUGGCUGUGGCAGAUCAUGACCUCAAAGAAAUGGCUACAUCCAAUCAGACAAAGCAGAAGAUUGCCCCAGACCCUGAAGUUCACCUACCUCCCCCACCCCCUUAUGAGACAUCAUUAGUCACUGCGCCAUUGGCUGAACCAGAACCUGACUUUGAGGUGAUGAUCACUGAGAAUGUUUCAGAGAAAGCCAAAGAGAAUAUUCGUGAGAUCGUCCUUGAGAAUAUUCAGGAGAAAGUCAAUGAGGAUAUUUCCAAAACAGCCAGUGGUGAUGUUUCUGAGACAGCCAGUGAGAAUCUUACUGAGGCAGUCAAUAAAAAUGUUCAGGCGAUAGCCAGUGAAAAUUUUAUAGAGACAGCAGAUGCAGCUGUUUGGGAGAUAGUGGGAGAUAAUAUUCAGGAGAAAUCCAGUGAAAAAGUUCCUGAGACAACCAAUGAGAACGUUUCUGAGACAGCCAAUGAGAAUGUUCAGGAGAUGGCUAAUGAGAAUGUUCAGAAGAAAGUCAGUGAGAAUGUUCCUGAGACAGCCAAGGAGAAUGUUCUAAAGGAAGCCAAUACGGAUGUUCAGAAGACCAUCAAGGAGAGGAAGGAGUCGCAAAUCAACCUCCUGAUCUCCAAUGAAGGCCGGCUUUUGGAAAAGGAAGUUGUUGAGAGGCAGCAGGAGCUGAGUUUUCCUCUUUUGAAGGAAGUGCCAGCAAAUGCAGCCCUAGGCUACCAGGAUGAGUGUCCUGAACGCUACUCCCCGGAGCCACAGCUCUUGGUGGCAGGGGACAGGGCGGACAGAGAGGGGGUGCCCCAGCGGCCUCCCUCCCCACAGCCCUGCCUUUCUGAACUCGGGGCACCGCCUAGCCCAGACAGGGAGUCCCCGACCCUACCUGAGUGGCCAGCUCUGUAUAUAACUGAGAUUCCCGAGGAGGAUGAGGAGGAGUGGGAGGCACAGGAGGCGCAGGAGGCGCAGGAGGCGCAGCUCCGAAAGGAGACGUUAAUGCAGGCAGUGAGCCCAUUAUGGGAGAUGGAGCGGGAGGUGGAGCAGGGUUCAAGACAAGAGGCUGCUCCUGCUGUAGAGGGCUGGGAGGAGCUUGGAUCGAGCGCAGUGGAGCCAGCUGAGCAGGGCUUGGAGCGGGGCCUAGAAGUAGUGACCCCCAAGUUUCAGCCAUCUGGACCAAAAGUUGACAAAGACUGGAUAGAAAGUUAUAAAAAGCUAGAGGUUCCCACAGAAGAACCUGACAGGUCAGUGCAUGCAUUCCUCAGUACCACCAUGCGGGAGGAAACAGGAAGUGACAUCACUGCCGACACGGAAGCGCCAGAGAUCUCGAUCCCAUCCAAACGCCCCCACGCCAGCCUUAAGGUGAUGCGCUCAUUACAGCCUGAAAUACUGCCACUGUCGGAAAGUGGCGAACCCUCCGAGAUGGACUGGAGUGAUGAGUCACAUGAUGCAUCCAAACUUGCACGCUUUCCAUCUGAGGCUGAGAGCCCCAUUUCAGUGGAGCUCGCUGUGGAGAAGGAGGGUGUGAUGGGGGAAAUUCUUGGCGUAACACAGUCAGAGGAGGAUACAUUGGAUGGGAGUGUCUCUGACAGCCCAGCCUCAAUGAAACCCCCAGCAGAAGAAUCCCAGGGGGUGGAAAUCCCAGAGGAGGCACCUCCUGCACCUCCUGUGGCACAGAAUGAGACCGAUGGAGAGGAGGUGCCUGCCCUGAGGAGUCUGGUUGCUCCUGUUCCUCUCCUCGAACCCUCGGCUGCACCCCCUGAACUGCCCCGCACCCCCGAAAUGGAGUCUCUCUCCCGGGAGCAGCCAUCUUACAAGGCAAAGAGGCCCCUGUGGGCUGAGGCUGACUAUUCCUUUGAGUCGGAAGCAGUGGAGAUCCAGCAGGAAGAGCAUGGUUUGCUGCCUCCCCCCUCCACUGCAGGCCUGCCUCAGGCCGAGCCUCAGGAAACAGUUCCCCUGGAGGAAAGGGUCAAAGAGGAAGAACCAGAGCUGGUGUCUUGUACUGAGCUGGUGGAUGAGCCGGAUGUCAUCUCAGGGCAGGAGGAGAAGACUGUGGGCUUUAUGUCCGUGAUAGUGGGUGCCCUGCACAAAAGUUUUGAGAUGGUGGCCACCAUCUUGCAGCCGUAUAUUCCAGAAGCGGUCUCCAAUGGGGUGGAAAAACCCAAAGAGAUGGGCUCAGGGGCCCCAGGUCCCAGCCAAGUACACCCAUCCCCCCUGUGGGAGCCCGAGUGCGGUUCCCCUGAGGGAACACCAGUACUCAACCAGGAACCUCUAAAAAUAGAAAACAACUUCUUGGCAGGCAAGAAGCCUCAAUGCCAAGAAGAAAAUGAGAAUAGAGCGUUGCCCACUGUGGGUGAAGAUGUUCCUACAAUGAGUUUGGUGGAGUGCUUGCGAUUGGCUGCCUUGGAAGAGUCCAUCCGUGGGAAAACAAGUGUGUCAGAGCAGAGCGAACAGAGGCAGAACACGGAAUCUCGGACUUCGUCUCGGACGCCCACUAGGGCACCAUCCCGCGUAGCCCCGGAGAAAGAGCAGCUUUCCUCUGCAUUGCCAGACAGAAAAGAGGGCCCCAAAAAUGCAGAAGGACAGAGCUCUGUUAAAAAACCACUACAAUCGAUGGAAGGGGAUGUCAAGAAAGUGACCCGGGAAGAACAUAGAGAGACUGGCAAAACAGCGCCCCCUGUGGCUACAGAGACUAAGAGGGAGAAGAUGAUGAAGGAAAAAGCCGAACCGAAGCAGGGUUUAGAGUUGGACAGCACGCAAGGAGAGGAGAUGGAGUUUGAGGACGGGGAAGAGGAUAUAGGCACAGUGUGGUCAUCGUCACUAUACAUGGAUGGAGGCCUGGAGGACCCAUCUGCAACGCUGCUCACCACAAAUGCAGCCAAAGACACUGGGGGCGCACGCUGGCCCCCGUCUGCAGCAGCAGGGCUCCCGGCAGAACAGAAACUGGGUAGCAUGGGACCUCCUCCGGAUGUCCUACGGGAUGUAGGCAGUGCCAGAGUGUUCCCUGUGCCAGAAACCAAGGACGUGGCCCCGCCCCGUCGUGGUAAAAAAUUUCAGCUCCUUUCCCUGGUGCCACUGCAGGAAGAAGGCCCUGAGGAUGUCAGCCAGGCCUCCCCAGCCAUGCCCACCACCAGUGAUGUAGUUCCGCCACAUCGCAGCAAGAGGAAGACCUUUUCAGCAGAGGAAGUGGCCCCACAGAACACCGUCCCCGCCAGCAGACAGUGUACCGUAGUCGCUAGCGAACCAAUUCCGCCCCAGCGUGGCAAAAAGAACCCUCUCCCCUCAGAGAUGGGAGGUGGGGAGAAGGUGGAUGAAGAUGAGCAGCAGCCACCUUGCUCGGCCAUGACCUCAGAUAAAGGACGGCUAGUGGCCCUGGAGAACUCCAGGGACGCAGAAGAAAACCGGAACCUGAAGGAGGCAAUCUCAGAAGAAGACGUUUCUAAAAGCUCGGUGGUCCCCUGGCCUCUACCUUCUACCCCAGAGCUCUUACACAGAGAGCACAAGUCUCUCAGUGGGGAGGAAGAAAGCCUAUCACUGCCAAAAAGUCUGCAGGUGGAGGAGACUAGCCCCACAGACUCAAUUGGUUCCAUUCCUCAACUGGAAACACAACUGAGCUCCUCCCUCCCUGACCAGACCCAGCCACUUGACUCCACCCUCUCUUUACUGCCCGACACUCCUGAUGCCCAAGUGUCUUCCUUUGGGGGCGCGGGAGAGCCAGCUUCCAAUCAGGAGGAAGUCCCCACCCCUACAGCUACAGAACUACUACAGCCUAAACAGCACAUAAAGGAAGACCUCCCUCUUCCUUUGACUCCUCAAGAGGAAGGCACAGGCCUAACCAAUCAGGGUGCAGCUCUUGUCCCAGACACUAAUGAAGUUCAGAUAUCAUUGCCCCAGGCCGGGGAUUUAGGAGUCUGUGAGAAUGGUCUGGACGAAGCCAGUGAGACUGUGAUGCUUUCCUCAGUCUGUGUGAAUAUAGGAGGUGGUGAGAAGGACCUGAAAGAGACAAACAAUCAGCUCCUUCCAAACACCAUUCCCCCAUCUCCUGACCAGAGCCAGGGAGUGGUCACCCCAGAAGCCAAUCAGGAAGCAGCACCAGACUUGACAGCAAAUGAGAGAUUCCCAUUCUUAGAUUCUGCUCUGGGUGAGGGGGUCCCUUCAGGCGAGUGGGAGCGGCCUAGAGAAGAGCUCCCAAUGACUGGUGUAUCCAAUCAGGAUCAGGAAACCAGCAGUCAACUGCUCCGCACCCAUGUUCCUCCAUCCCAGGAUGAGAGCUUGUUGCUAAGGAUCAUAGAGGAGGGAGCCAAUCAGAAAGAAACAAAGCCAGAGAUAGAGAUAAGCACUACACUUGUAGACGAGGAGGUGUGUUGUUCGUUAGGGAAGGCAGAGAUGCUCGUAUAUCCAGCGCAAGCACUGGAUAAAGGUCCUCAGACGCAGUUGGAGAAAGAGGAACCUGCGAGUUUGCUGGUCGCAGAGCAGCAUGGGAAGGAACAUCCCGCCCCCUCCCCUGCCCCCUCUCCGGCAGAGACCACCGCUGUAGCGGUGGGCCCCUCUGAGUCCCAGGUGCCCCUCCGUCGUGCCAAAAAGAAGAUCUUCCCCCCUCCAGAGCUCUUAGAGAAAUAUGACCUGAGCCCUGUCCAUGUGUCUACCAAGGGAGAGGAGUCCACACUGGAGAUCUCCAGCUCUCUGCCCAGUGCUGAUGUGCCCCCGGCCAGUGACGAUCGGGCCCCUCCCACCGCGGAUCUGGUCACCUCCACCCAGUUCCUGCUGGAGUGGUGCCAGGAGGUCACUCAGGGCUACAAGGGGGUCAAGGUCACCAACUUCAGCACCUCCUGGCGGAAUGGGCUGGCGUUCUGCGCCAUCCUCCACCAUUUCUGUCCGGAAAAGAUAAACUACGACACGCUGGACCCCUACGACAUAAAAUUCAACAAUAAGAAGGCAUUCGAUGGCUUUGCGGCUUUGGGAAUUUCGCGGCUGAUCGAGCCAUCGGACAUGGUUCUGCUCCCUGUGCCAGAUCGGCUCAUCGUGAUGACCUACCUGUGCCAGAUCCGCACCCAUUUCACCGGGCAGGAGCUGAGCGUGCUGCAGAUCGAGCACAACAGCAGCCAGUCCAGCUACUCCGUGGGGGAGCCCAGGGAGGGCGCGGACCCGGACGCCGCCGCCCGCUACUGCGCCGAGAGGCUUCAGGCGGGCGCCAUCGCCCUGGAGACCAACGGCAAGGCUGCCGAGAAGGAGGCGGAGCCUGAGCCGGAGCCGGAGAGAGACGCCAAGCCGAACGGGGGCCUGGUGCCCCCGCCCCGUACGAAACGGCUCCAGAAGGCGGAGGAGAGCGGCGGCCAGCCGGAAGGGGGCGGGGCUCCCACCCCCGUGCCCCCGCCACGCCUUCACGCCUCCGCGUCCAAGUCCAGCUUCAGCCACGUGAGGGACGCCGACCUGGUGAAGAAGAGGCGCUCGCGGCUGAAGAGCGAGUCCAUGGAGGAGCAGGACACCCCCCCGCAGCACAGCGCCCCCCAGCGCACCACGAAGGCCCCUGAAGGGCAAGUGGAGAUUGAAGUGAAGAACGGCUCAACAGAACACACUGAAUCAGACACGAGGAGCUCCAUCGUGGCCCAGGAGUCGUUGACCCCUGGCGAGGAGAGCAGGCCAGAGGACAGCCUGCGCCUCCAGGACACCAGUCAGUACGUGCUGAGCGAGAUUAAGGCCCUGGAGAGCGAACAGAAGCACAUCGACAGCAGGGCGGCCAUAGUGGAGAGGAAGCUCAGAUACCUGAUGGAGACAGGUAGUGACCGGGAUGAGGAGGAAAGGCUGAUCCAGGAGUGGUUCAUUCUGGUCAACAAGAAGAACGCCCUGAUCAGGCGGCAGGAUCACCUGGAGCUGCUGCAAGAGGAACAGGACCUGGAGAGGAGGUUUGAGCUGUUGACCAGGGAACUGAGAGCCAUGAUGGCUACUGAGGAGUGGCAGAAGACCCAAGCACAACAGCACAGGGAACAGCUGCUGCUGCAGGAGCUGGUGUCGCUGGUCAACCAGAGGGAUGAACUGGUCCGUGACAUGGAUGCCAAAGAGAGAGGGGCGCUGGAGGAGGAUGAGAGACUGGAAAGGGGGUUGGAGAUGAGGCGCAGGAAGUUAAGCCACAAGGAGAAAUGUGUGCUACAGUGAGAUCCCUCCCCCCUGAAAAAUUGCCAUAAACUCCUCCUCCCAUAAACCUCUACUGUAGUAAACCCCUCCCCUCCCCCUUUAGAAACCCAUACGUGGCCCUUCCCCCUAGUCGGUGCCAACACCCAAGGCUUGUUUGUGUGUCUAAGUUGUCCUGGACCUGAUUGGCUGGAUUGGGUCAGAAACAGCCUGCUGUGGGUCAAAGGCAGCCGACAUGGGUCAAAAAGACCCGUGAACCAAACUAAGCCUGGUUCAUGUUCUUGUUGCUAGGCAACUUUUCGCUGUUCCCUGUGGAUCUGAUAUUGUUGCGUGUGCAUUUUGGAGUUGUGUUUAAGGUCUUUAUUAGGGAGGCAGGUUUGCUUUUUGUUACAGAAGCCUUGUAUUACGCGACCGAGCGGGAACGUGAUGUCGCGUAGUGUUGCCGUUUGCUCAGGAACCUCACUCACCUGGCUCUGUAAAGCAUGUAUCCCUACGGAACGUGGCUCUCUCUUUUGAGUGAUAUCAAACGUAUGUGUCUAGCCUGGGCCCAACUCCCUGGGUCCCAGUGUCUCUGACUGAUCAGCUGUCUGUUCACUGGCCAGAAAACUGUGAGAAGACUACAUCUGCUCCACUGCGGUCUGAAUUUUGAAAUGGGGCUAACAGAGGAGCUUGCUGAAAGCAGUGGUUUGGGGGUGGCAUUGGACAAGACUUGGCGCUUUUUCUGCACUAAUAAAAAAAAGAUGAUGAAGGAGAAAUGACACUGCUACAUCCGAAAGUUUCCAUACUUUUUUAUUUUGUUUUAUUUGUGGAAUGAACAUCUAGUUGGAUGUCAUAUGCUUUGAAUUUCAGAAAUCCCCCCAACCCCCACACUCUCUCCCUCUAACUCCCACACCCUUUCCCCAACCUCCACAGUUCACAUCCUUUCAGAAAGACUGCUGCUUUUCAGAAACAUCUCGCAUAUUAAGGGAGAGAAAAUCAUCCAAACUUCAUAUCUGUUUGGGCUUCAGACUAGCCGCCAAAGAAUUCCAAAUUUAAAACCACCUCCCUUCACUACGUUACCGAUACAGGCCAGACGGGGGACAGCCAGCAUUGUUUCCCUUAGUAGGUCCUGCUCUUUGAGUAUGAAUACUUGGAGCACACCAUUGAGGACAGAGUCCAUGUCAAGUGCAUUUAUACUGUUACCCUUGAGGAGAGGUGGAGGCCAGGGAGGAGCCACGGUGUUUGCGCACAAGCGCUGCAGGUGUUUAGACUGAAAAAAGCACUGCUGAAGAAAUUAAAGUUUAAUUACUGAGCCUCGCAAGGCACUGAGAAUCUGUGUGUGUGUGAAGCUGAGACUAUCACACAGACCGCGUAACUUAUCGUACAGACUGUCACAGAGAACCUGGGUGACUCUGUCCAAAGCAUUAAGUGGGGGUACCCCAAAUGUCACAUGACUUGUCUUCAGGAAGUCAUCGGACUCUUCCCUAAAGAGACAAAUAUCUGCACCUCCAGGAUGUGAAGAGGGAGGGUGCAGGGUAAAGAGUAAAGAGAAUGUGCAUUUGAAAAUAAAGAAUUUAUAUGCAAGGUUUAAUAAAAAGGGUGCGGAUAGUGGGUGUGUGUUUGUGUGUGGGGGGGGGGGGGUUAAAAUGUUUGAAAAAUGUGUUUGUUUUACGUGUGAUUCCAUGAUCCUCUCUCUCUCUUUCACUCACUCUUUCGCAUGGAGCUUAGUCAUGGAACUGUAUUCUGUGGUACGUAUUUACUGUUUCCCGUGGGAGGGAAGACUGCAAAUAUGUAUGUCAUUAAUUUCAGUUGGUAUUAUUAUAAUUUUUUUGUUUUGGAAAAUCACCAAAUGCACCCUAAACUUCUCUAUUUGCACUAUUUGUAAUAUUUGUGCAUGGAGAAUAAAGCCAUUUUGGAUGCUUGCCGAG